AUGUUAUCAACUAGGUCUAAGGAGUCCCUGUGUAAACCUCCCUCGGUACCUCGAUAUCAGGAUACAUUAGAUUCUCGGCAAUUGAGUCGUGAUGAUGCGGUGGCUGCCUUAGCCCGACUUAACCUUAGGUAUGAUCGCCUUCGUUAG